AUGUUGGGAGUGGGAUUCUUUUUCGCGUUCGCUGUGCUGUCUGCGAUUUGCAGCGACCAGAUCGUGGCUUAUCGCCAUGUGGCAAGUGUGAGCAAUUCAAAGCCUGAGGAGGUGGCAGUCGCCCCUUCGGAUGGUGCUUAUGAUCCAUACGACGGUGACUAUGAGAACUACGAUGAUUCGGCUGAGAACGACGAUGGUAAUCUUCGCGGGGAUUACAGCAACGAUUACUACGGUGCCAGCCCUCCCUACAAUCCUAACGGCUUUGAUUAUGGUCACGGAGAAAGCUAUAAUGGUUACAGCAACGAGUACUAUGGUGCCAGCGCUCCGUACAAUCCAAAUGGGUUUGACUAUGGUCACGGAGAAGGCAACCAUGAUACCAGCUAUGAUUACCAUCCUCCAAGCGCUCCUCACAAUCCUAACGGCUUUAACUACUAUGGUUACGGCGAGGACAACCAUGAUACCAGCUAUGAUUACCAUCCUCCCAGCGCUCCUCACAAUCCUGACGGCUUUGAUUACAAUGGUCCCAGCGAAGGAUACCCUGAGUCCAUCUAUGACUCUACUAAUUCCAGGCAACACUACAUUGAUUCCAGCGACCAUGACCUGAACGAGUUGGAUGAUGAAAUGCCAAAGGAGUUGCCUGCACAUGCGCACAAAGAAAUGCACACUCAGGAGUUUAGGGUGAUAAACGAUGACGACGAGUUGGAAGAGCAAGCGGCUGACAAAUCUAUCCCUGUCGAGAAAUUUAAGUUCAAAUCAGAGUGGUAUGAACCGGGCGUUAGUGGUGUUGCCAUUAAACAAUUGGAACCGCAAAACGAAGUCAACAUAAAGCUCAUGAGGAUUGAAAACAUAAAUAAGGAGAUGCCCCGACCCACCCACAUCCCUAGGUUGUACGACGACGACAAGGGUAUAGAUGAUAUGCUUCGGUAUGCACCUGUUGCGAACCGCAGGAUUCGCAGAUGCCAAUGGUUAGGGAAGGAUUACAUUGUCGCGUUGGAUGAUAGCUCAAAACUUAAGGGCGUGGUGGAUUACGAAAAAGUCCGUUCGUUUGUGAAGAUGCUUGCGUACUCACUAUCCGCAACGGUGGGUACAAACACCCUGUCGCUAGUGAGCUACGACAAAACCGCGAGGGAAGUGUUGGGUAGGACCAUCAUUGAUAAGGACAACAUCAGGUCCGUGGCGGUAAAGAUUGACGAAAUGUUCGACACUGAGAACAGCGCUGAGGAAGCCAAUCCGGGAGCAGCUCUGAAGUUCCUGCGUGAGAAGGUGUACGAAGACCGUGAGAAAUACUUAGUUGAUGACAAAACAAGCGAAAUGCGUUUUGUUGAUGCGCCUGGUAUCGAAACUAUCGUGUUCCUGAUCACAACGGGAAAAGUGGCCGACGAAGUGUUGGCUAGCAAUGAGGCAUUCAACGCACGCCGCAAUGGUGUUACGCUGUUUGUUGUGGAGAUUGGCAAGGAAUCAGAAAAGUUCUGGCCUGCUGUUAUGGGUUGUCGCUACCACUACGCUUGCCCUAAGUACUUUACGACCAGCGCGUCGAACAUCAUGGGUGUUGUUGGACGUGUAAUUACUAACGUCUGCCGUAGCGAUGGUAGGGAUGCUGUGUGCCUUGAGGCUUGGUCUGAUUACACACCUUGCAGUGUGCCAUGCGGAUCGGGUGUACAAACUGCUAAUCUUCUUGGUUUCACUCAGUUGCUGGGCCCCAGCAAUGGCGAGGGCGAAGGCAAAGGUCGUUCAUGUAAAGACCUGUUGAAAAAUGUGAAGGUUAAGCAGGUGUUGUGUAACACCCAGCGUUGCGGCACGGACGGAUCUCCGAUUGCUGCCGUGGGAGGUGUGGAUUCAGUUGGCCAUGCUUCUACUGAGCUGCCGAAAGACGGCGUAAGCGGUGUUCGGACUGAUGAGGCGGAGAAUGUUAUGCCGGGUACUCGCAAUAAUGAAGUAGCAGUUGCCGAUGCAGGCAACAGUGCGAACGUGGAAUCUCAGAAUUCUGACUCCCUUGCAUCUCAUGGGUCAUCUGCCACUGAGCCGAGGGAAGUGGCAAUAACGGAAUCAGAUUUGCCUAAAGAGGGCGAUGAAUUGACUGUUAAUCGCGAGACUGAGAGUAGUGUAUCUACGCGUUCCGAAGCUGACUUGUCUGAGCAGAAGGGGGAGCGCACCCCUCACUCUGAGUCGACUGUCGUAGGCGUACAUGAGCACAAUGUCCGUGAAGGCCUAGGAGGCCAGGGUGACGAGGAGUCAACGCCAGGCAGCUUGGACGUCGGUGUUACGCAAGCCGGAGGCGACAGUGAGAGGGAGGUGUCAUCGGGUACUACCCACGAGCAUCAGCAGAUGGAGAACCAGGCUUUAGUUCCUGACACCAUUACUUCAGUGUUGCCAACUACCGAGAGCGAGUCUGCUAGGAACCCGGAGGAAGAACCUGCAUCGCAGGAAACUGAACUGACUGAGCAACUGCAGUCGGAGCAGCUUGAAAAUGGCACCACUGGCGACGAAUCCAUAACUGCUGAAUUACACACUACUGGCAGCUCCACUAAUACCAUUGAGGGUGGUGUUGGCAAUGAUCAGGGCACUGUGGAUUCCGGUAGUCAUGUUAAUGUGAGCGGUAACACGCAGCUACCUAGUGGCGAUUCUCAUCACGGCACUUCGCAGAAUACCGGAGACUCAGCUCAUACUUUUGCGAGUGGUGUCAGCAAUGGUCAGGGCAAUGAGGAUCUAAGGGGUCGUGAAAAUGAGGGAAGUAACUCGCAGGUGCGUACCGAGGAAUCUCAGAAAGGCACUGUCAAACAUGAGGAGGAUCAGCGUGAUUCAAAGGUGAGCACAGAGACUGAGAUGGGGAGGCCUGCUGAUUCACAGCAAGCCGAUAACCAUGUAACGAUGGGUGCCGAAGGUGUGCCAACUCAUGACGGUGAUAGUGGUUAUAAAAAUGCGCCCAGCGGGGGUGACUCAAAGCAGCACCAACGUGAGCCUGCAUCCUCAAGCGUACCUGUUAAGGCGACUCAAAACAUCAGUACCAGCGACAAUCACUCUGAGAACCGAAUUCACGGUGAAACGAAGGAUGAGCAAAGUGACAACGGUAGAACUUCGAAAAGAACUGGUACUGGUAGUGCUGUCAUGAUGAGUGCCGCUGGAGGCAUCAUAAUUGUAUUAUUAGCAGGCGCAGGAUAUCGCCGUUACGCAUCGAAUUCAGAUGAUGAUGUGAUUGCAGAGGAUAGUGAGUUUUUGAGUGGUGUAAGCGGUGGUAAAGCGGAGGAAGUGGAAACAUACAGAGUGGCCGAUGCCAGCGACAACGUCUGGGCGUGA